GCUCUAUCUGGCACAGAAAUUCUUCUGUUAUUGUCCCAGCUAUAUAUUUUUGGUCUCCAAUUUGCUUUUGUGUCGCUGCCGUUCAAUUUCAUAAACCGAUUUAUAGAUUUAUCACAGACAUGGCGGCUACCUUUACCCUGCCGAUACUGCCCGCAAAACAUCGGGACCUGCCGAGCUGGAUCCAAAGUCAUCCAAACACUCCUCUCGAGCAGAUCAUCGCACCAUACAAUGACUACGAUGCGGUGGCACGCAAAUUGUUUGCCCAAGAGGCCACCCACGCAGCCCUGCAAGAUAAUCACCUCAACAUCGUGCCUCUCUACGACUCCAACGGCAGUUCGGACGUCCGUGUACGGGCCCGAGACAUAUCUUCGGAGUCCUCUAUGACUAAGGAACAGUAUAUCAUGCCCUUGAAGGAAGAAAGUCGGCGUCCCAAUGGCUCACCGGCAGUGGUGUCAACCUUAGAUGAGUUCCGAAAGAACUUUAACGUCUUCUCCGAGGGUGCAUUGAGCGACAUGGACUGGAGCAAUGUCGUGGUCGCAGGAAGUGCAGUAGUCACUUGCCUGCUCCCCGUUCCCGAAAAGUAUCGGGAUUCGAAGCGGUCAUUGCGAGAGUACUAUCACGAAAAGGUCGCGCCGGCCUCGGAUGUGGAUCUGUUUCUCUACGGCUUAGACGAAGCGCAGGCAAUUGAGAAAAUCAAGCAGAUUGAGGAUAAGGUCAAGAACGCGAUUCUUUACGAAACAACCACAGUUCGGACAAAAAACGCCAUUACCAUCGUUUCACAAUAUCCCACACGCCAUGUGCAGAUAGUGCUUCGCAUAUACAAAUCCAUCUCUGAGAUAUUGACUGGGUUUGAUGUCGAUUGUUCCUGUGCUGCUUUCGAUGGGAAGCAAGUCUUUGUCUCCCCACGUGCUUUGGCUUCAUAUAUAAACCAAAUCAAUACGAUUGAUUUGUCUAGGCGCUCGCCUUCUUAUGAGAACCGCCUCUCAAAGUACUCUCAUCGUGGGUUCGAAAUAUACUGGCCGCAGCUGGAUAGGUCCCAAAUAGAUCCGACAAUUUUCGAGCGGAACUUUAGUAGGACAGUAGGCCUGGCGCGCCUGCUGGUCCUGGAGAGACUGCCAAAGUCGUCAGACCGGGAGUCUUAUAUAGAGCAGAGACGACGGGAACGUGGACGACCAGCCCCAAGGUCUAAUAGGUGGAAGCAGUCCGGUAACAUCAAGGAUGACUGGGUAGAUGAGAUCCCCGACUGGGAAGAGGGAGAGGAGAUUUCUGACUACCAUACCUUUACGAUUCCUUACGGGCCCAGAUUCAAAGCUCGAAAAGUCGAGAAGCUUGUUUAUACGAAGGACCUCUUGCUCAAUGCAGAGUGGAACAAGCCCAAAGACAGAGAAGUUAACCUGCACCGACAUCCCGCGUUCUUUGGCAAUGUCGUGGAUGUCAUCGGAGAUUGCUGUGGUUGUUGCCCAGAGCCGGUCACUCCUGAAGAAAAAGAAAUCGCCGAGAAAGAAAGCAAAAUCUAUAUUUCUGGUAGAAUCUCCUUCAUCAGAGACAACCCAGGUCGUCAGGAGAUUGGUAGUUUCAACCCAAUCACAGAGACCGACUGGACUGAAAUGGCUUAUAUCGGUAACACGGAGCGGCUGUGCCAUGCUAUUGUGGAAUGUGAUAUCGAAGGGGUUAAGGCAUGUCUCACAGAAGAAAAGAUAAACCCUAACGAACGUGACCAUACUGGAAGGACUCCAUUGCAAUUGGCUUGCUUGACCUCCACAAGCGACAUCGUGCAAUGCCUUCUCGACCAUGGCGCAAGAAUGAUUUCCCGUCUGGCCGAUGGCCGCACAGCCCUGCAUUUGGCUGCUGGUCGAGGCGAUCUCGAGAUGGUCAGAGUACUCUUGCAUAAGAGCAAGCGGAACGAGACAGAACAGGCUCAGCUCGAAAAGCGGCCGGAUGAGGGUAGCGAUGAGUGUCAGCAGGAGCCCGACACUAGUGAAAGCGAAAGCGUCGAUUCCGAAUCGUUCGUUCAUGUCAGGAAAGAGGCUGAUAAAAUGGAUGGCAUGGAUUUGGCCAUGGCUGAAAACGAGCAAGAACCGGAUAUAUAUGACAUCAAUGUAGUCGCCUGGGAUGUUCCCACUUCAGCGCUUCAUCUUGCCAUUCUACAUGGUCACGUUGAGGUGGUCCAGGAGCUGGUUACCUCGUUUGGAGCUGAUUUGGCGCUUCCGGUCAAGCUGCUCUAUCCUUAUCAAGAUAGGGCGCGAGCGGCCAUCUUGUGCCUUGUCCUGGCUCUUCGGCUGCCUAUCGAAAAGUCAAUCGCAAUGACACAGAAGCUACUGCAGCUUGGGGCACUUCCAACACAGGCAGAUAUGAACAGUGUCACUCCACUGCACUACGCCGUUGCUUGUGAUUUCACCGAUUCCUCUGAAAUCCUCCAAACCUAUUUCCAUCAGAAUCGUUCGGCAACAGCGAAAGCGAUGAAUUUCCUCUCCUCCUUUUCUAAUCCCUGGAAUGUCAAGCCUCACUCUACACUCACGUUAGCCCUUACUUUGAGAAAUGACAAUGCUGCAAACAAGCUUAUUGAAGCUGGCGCAACGCCUCAGAUUGACUUUGAGUCAUUCGUGAAUCCCGGUCAGGCUAUUUAUGGAGCGAUCAAAUCAAACUCAUCUGAAAGGAACAAAACUAUCUUUCGGCAUGACUUUACCCAACCUAUCAUCCUCGCAGUCCAGAAAGAUCUACCGGUAAUUGCUGACAGGCUGCUCCGCAGCGAUGGCGUCGACCCAAAUACUCUCACACCUGAUGGGUAUAGAGUACUGGACAGCGAGUAUAUGCGAAACUAUAACGUGGGAAAGUCUUUACUCGAUUGUGUCCGAGACAAAAUCAGAUCAUUGGGCAACUACCAUGGCGAGAAGUUAGGCGUCUCGCCUCCCUGCCAACUAGUGAAACCUGAUCACUGUCUAAAUGGGCUACAACCUGAUACAUACCAUCGUUGGACUGUAGAAAGGGCAGUCCGCAAAGCAAAGGCACAGUAUGAAAAGGAUCAGGAAAGGUAUAAUUCGGCAGUCGAUGCCAAUAAUAGGCGCGAAGGUGUGAAAGAGAAGACCUUGGAAGCUCGAGCCACUCUAGACGCCUAUAAGACACUGGAACAGGUAUUGGUGGAAAAGGGUGCAAAGCCUUUCUACGAGAUCUAUCCAGACUUUGAAAAGCCCUGGAAGAGGAGAAAGACAGGAGGCAAGAGCGACUCUGACUCUAAGCAUCAGGAACCGGAGCCUUUCAAGGUCGAAACAAACUUCUGCGUACCAGACCUUACCGAUGAAAAGAAGCAGAGAUAUUUUGACCUUUUCGAGGCUGCUUGGCGUGGCGACCUUAAUACUAUCAAGGCGCUCACGCUAGUUACAUCUGAUAAUGAAAUCCAACCGAGUCCAUUGCAGAUUGCUGUGUGGGACAAGGACAAUUUCUCGCCAUUUUCCAUUGCGGUACUUCGUGGACACCUCAAUGUGGCAAAGGCUAUCCUUGAGAUAGUGCAAGCCCAAUUCAAACGUGAGGAUUCUGAUGCUCGUGAAAGAUUUGAGAUGGACAUCGAUGCUCUCCAUGACGGUGAAGAGGAUUGCAUAUAUAGGGAGAUUGUUGAUGACAGGUUCACCAUUGAGAACAUAGGAGAGGUAGCCACGCAAGUGGAAUGUUGCAUAUCGCCUCUUCAAAUAUUCUCCCGGUACUGCCCAGCACACAAGUUCCUUGACAAAGAGUCCAAGACAGAGAAUUAUAUCGAUCUGGUACAAUACGCGGUGGGACAGAACAAUGUGGACCUACUGGUCUUUCUGCUUCAACUGGGACGAGAGCUUACUGAAAGGGACCAGACGGUCGAACCCGGGGUUCAUAAUUUCGGCGCCAGUGCUUUUCCGAUUGCAAUCAGAAAGGGCUAUUUGGGCUGCCUUGAGGCGAUUAUCAAGUAUACUGGCACAGGCCUUCCUGUCGACAAUCUGCUUCAGAAGUGUGGCGUCGACGUUAAGGAGAAACCGAAAUAUUAUCAAGGGUUGACUAUACGUGGAAAGAAAAGGGCGGAUUGGGCCGCUGCAGGAAGAGGAUUGCCCGUAUCGCCGGAAGAACAAGAGACGCCUUUGCUCACAGCGGCGCAUUCAGGGUCAAUGGCCAGUGUGGAAUGGUUUCUCAGCCCAGACUCGGCCAGAGCAUACGUUGAGUUUAUAAAAACAAAUGAGCAGGUGGACAAAUUGAAGCUCUUAUCACAGUCGGUCGAAGACCUGGAGAGGCUCGUGCUGAACUGGCUUCAGGGCAAGAACAACAAUCUUCUGCAUUGUGCCGUGCUCUCAAAACCUACACCGGAAUCAUGCCAGCUAGUUGAAAGCCUUGCCAAGCGCCUUCCGCAGUUUAUGGAGACUAAAUCGGCUGCAGGGCAUACGCCCUUGGCGCUUGCAUUCUCCCUCGGCAACUCAGAGUUCGCCAAUAUUCUUAUCAGGGCCGGCGCCAAUCAGACAAUUCGUGAUCGUCAAGGCAACAACUUGGUUCACUUAAUGCUAUGUGAUAUCAAUGGUAAUGCUCGAGAAGAGCCAGGCAAUGUAGAGAGGCUUCUCUCCCUGCUCGAUCCCCGGUUAGUCCCAUCGUUGCUGACGGAGCGGUCCUCCGAUGACCCGGGAUCAUUGACGCCACUUGCUCGUUGGAUGCAUAAGAGUUAUCAGGCAUGGUCAAGGGCAUCAAGCGGAUGGGGGUCCGACCGUGGACAAGAGACAGAAGACCAGCUGGCCAUUAUCCGCUGUUUCCUCGAGUUUGCCCAGUCAACGAGCCAAAAGCAUUUAGAUAUGUUUGACGGUACAGGAAACACCCCCGUUCAUGAAGCCGUCAAGCACCAAUGCCCCAGGAUAUUCGAGGCUAUGAUCGAAUGCCGUCCUGAUCUUCUCCACCGCGAGAAUGCCACCGGUAGCACACCCCUGGAACUGGCUACCGACAAUUGGGUCUUCGAAGCCACGUCCAAUCCGCCACAAAUCCUAUCCGACAGAGGGCAGUACGAGCCGGAACACACGCGGAGUGCAUGUCUUUUGUACCAGAAACCCGAGUCAUACCUUCCUGGGUACCCGGAUAGGCCAGAGAGUGAGCGGCAAGCAAUAUAUAGAAUUGCCUGCGAACGAGCCGGCACCCAGUCGCGUAAACGGAAGCUGGUAAGCUUGAACGAAGCGAAUGAGGUGGCUAAGCGCCUUGCUACGCGACAGACUAGAGCGGCAUUUACUAUCGAGGAGAGCGAUGUUGUGAGCCGGUGGUAUCACUAGCAUGGGCGAAGUUGGAGAGAUCUAUGGGCUAUUACAUAAUAAAUGAGAGGGUUAUAUAAGUAGUUGAUG